GGUCCCUGCAGUCACACGGUCCAGAAGCUGAAGCUACAGGACGUCUCAGCCAUCACAGUCAAGACCCUGAAGGUGAUCCCUGACCGAAUCAUCGACAACUACAACAAGAGGCAGCAGCUGCGCUUCAGGCUUGAUCCUCCGGGUCAAGCCAUCUCCAUGGCAACCCAGGAACUCCUGCGAUUGGCGGAGGCCAACCCAGGCGGGAUGAUGACCCUUGACCCAGUGAACGACUUCCAGCUGAAGAGUGUGGAUGUGGUGGAGGGCACCAUGAGGCUGCGUGUGCUGCAGGACAGCCUGAAAGACUUCAGCUGCAUCCACUCACCCACCUUCUCAGAACAGUUUCUGCGGGUGCAGGAGAGAAUGAGUGUUCAGGAGGAGCUGGACAAACUGCUCUUCCUCAUCUCAGACCAGUCCCUGUCUCUACUGCCAGAGUACCACCAGAGAAUCAAGGUGCUCCAAUCCCUGCAGUACGUGGACAGUAGUGGUGCGGUGCAGCUGAAGGGCAGGGUGGCCAGUCAGAUCAGUAGCCAUGAGCUGCUUCUCACAGAGCUACUGUUUGAGAACGCCCUGAGCCCCCUGGCCCCUGAGGAGAGCGCCGCCCUACUGUCCUGUCUGGUCUUUCAACAGAAGACCCAGGUGGAGCCUCACAUAACCAACACACUGAAGGAGGGUAUUGAGAGAGUUCUGGCGGUGGCCCAGCGUAUUGGGGAGCUGCAGAGGGACUGUGGGAUAACCCAGACAGCGGAAGAAUAUGUGGGCCAGUUCAAGUUUGGCCUGACCGAGGUGGCCUACUGCUGGGCCAGAGGCAUGCCAUUUGCAGAGAUUGCCCAGUUAACCGACGUCCAGGAGGGCACGGUGGUGCGCUGCGUCCAGAGACUAGACGAGGUGCUGAAGGAGGUGCGCCAGGCAGCCCGCAUCGUGGGAGACUCGGUCCUGGGCAGCAAGAUGGAGAAGGCCUCGCUGGCCAUCCGCAGAGACAUCGUGUUCACUGCCUCACUCUACACACACUGAGAUAGGGUGGGGAGAGAAGGAGGGAGAGCGAGGGUGUAGAUAGUGUUUGUAUAGUACUGGAGGUGAAAGUGUGCCAGUGGAGUGAGGGAAGAAAGGAGGGAGUGGAGAGUCAGAGAGGGAGAGUCGGUGUGUGUUACUGUAUAGGUGAGAGAGUGGGGUGUCUAUCCUGUAUAGGUGAGAGAGUGGGGUGUCUAUCCUGUAUAGGUGAGAGAGUGUCAAGGUGCCUUAGCCAAGUCCCAAGCUCAGUCAGUGUGUGUGCUUAUGGUGAAAGAGCGGGUGAGUGUGUGAGGAAGGGAUCAGUUGGUGCGCUUGUGAUGAAAGUGAGGGUGUGUGUGUGUGAGGCAGUGAGUGAGUAUGUAUGGACAUACUAUUGUUUACAUGAGUCCUGAUGAGAUUCCUGGACAUGGAAAGGGAAUGCGCUUUAAACAAAUCAGACCAAAGUAGCAAUGAUAUGAAUUAAAUGGUUUGUGAUGUAUUGCACAGUAAUAAAAUCAACUGCAGACUGUA